AUGGUGCUGGCUGCAUGGAUACCCGCCAAAUAUCUGAGCGUGUCAGUGGGCAGCGUGAACAUCAGGUCGGCCACCAAAGUGCCUGUGUCCGCAGUCUUUGUCCACUCCAAAUACAACCGCACAACAAACCAGAACGAUAUCGCUGUUCUCAGGAAUGGGCAAACUUCAAAUGAACUGAAGUACGUGACGGUGAACGUGACGGACACAGCGAUUUGCCGCACGAGGCUGCUCGUUCUGGAAGGGAUGCUGUGUGCUGGAGGGGUGAGGAACGAAGACUCCUGCCAGGGAGACAGUGGUGGGCCACUCGUGUGUAAUGGUUCACUUGCAGGAAUAGUCAGCUUUGGCUACUACUGCGGUCUGCCAGGCUACCCUGGCGUGUAUACCGACGUGUCCAAAUACGUCGACUUCCUCAACUAUUCGCUGACCAGAGCCGGCGCCGCGUCAGUGACGUCACCAGUCCACCAGACGCUGACCGUCGUCUGCUCCAUCGUAGCCACGUGGGCAGCGUGGGGAGCGGCCAGCCGGGUCUAA